AUGUCACUACUUUGUAACGUUGAUAUCUAUUCAAUCCUCGUCCUUGCCAUUCUCCUCAUACCCGCUUAUCUCAUCUAUGCAAAAAACAAACGACAAUCUUUAUCGCUCGAUCCUCAAGAAGCUCUCAAGCAGGCUGGUGGAUUCAUUCCGUAUAUCAAGAAACUCCAUUCUGAACAGGGCGCUAUUGCCAGUCAUGGUCUACCAAUGCCAAAUACCAUAUCUUGCAUAGACACUGCGGUGAUGAAAGCCACAUUAUCUUGUGGAAAUCGACCAAAAGAAUUGUUUGCGUUUUUGGCUGAUCUCUUGGGUCAUGAUAAUCUUCAAAUUUAUGAGCAAGGUCGAGCGGCAAGAUUUAGAAAAUCGGUGGGCGCAGCUUUUGGUCAAGAAGUUAUCGAAGCCAAAUUUGCAACACUUUGUGAUAUUGGCAUUCAAUUUACAAACGAAUGGAAGAAGGCUGCCGAAGAAAACAGAAAUGGAGCCGUAAUACGAAUGCAGGAUGAUUGUCUUGCUCUAUCAUUUCAUAUUUCCACCAAAACUCUUCUAAGGCAAAUUCUUAUUAUUAAAUAUAAUAGUAUGAAUUAUUUUACGGAAGGUGGAACGGAUAUCGACCUCACUGAAUUCAAAAAAGCAUACGAUCUCGCUCUGGGCGGUCUUUUCGAUAAGCAAUUUGGUCUUUUCGAUGAAAGGGAUAACCAGAAAAUCCAGGAUGCUCUAAAAUACAUCCAAGAAAACGUUAAGCGUCUUAUAGAUCAAAGACGAGAAGAAAUCAGGAGAGGUGGAAAGGAAAAAAAGACAAGAGACUUGUUGACGAUUAUGAUUGAAGACAAUGAUCCAGAGACUGGUGAGCCGUUUACAGAUGAUAUGAUGUACAUGAUAAUGACAGGUUUUCUGAUCGCUAGCUAUCACACAACUGGUAUUGGUAUCCUCUGGACGCUUUUCCACUUGGCUCAAACGCCAGAAAUUCAACGCCGUCUCCAGCAAGAAAUAGACACCACACUUCAAGGUCGUCUGCCUUCUCUCGCAGAUCUUUCGAAUCUUGAAUAUCUCAAUUCAAUAGUCAAAGAAGCAUUUCGCCUGCACUCACCUGGUGUCUUUGUUGCACGAUUAUUACCCACUGACACGCCAUCUACGUUUACGUUAACAAAUGGAGAGGAACUAUCACUCGAGCCCGGGACAACAGUGUUAUUCCCCAUACCUCUAGUCCACUCGAGUAGAGAUUACUACACCGAUCCAAAGACGUUUGAUCCUGACAGAUGGAGUCGACAGAGAAAAGACGAAAUUAAGCCAUUAACCUGGUUACCUUUCGGUUAUGGGGCAAGAAUAUGCCCAGCCGAGAGAUUGGCAAUGGUAGAAGUUAAGCUAGUAUUACUAUUGAUUAUGCAGAAUUUUAAUGUCGAGUUGACUGUUCCUGCAGAAAAGGUUGAAGAGGUCGAAAGGUUUGUUCUUAUGGCUAAAGAUGAUAUACCUAUGAGAUUGAAGUCGAGGUGCCAUAUGUAA